UACUGAGAGAGGAGCUCAGUCAGCCUCACAGACGUCACAGAUCAGGAUCACUGAGCUGUCAUCAUGAGGGUGUUUGCAGUAAUCGUUGUGCUGGCUGUCCUCUCAGGCUGCCAUGCGAGGAGCGUACCUGAGUAUGAGUGGAAGAACCCCUGGGAAGUCACGGUCGACAAAUUCAACGAUUAUAUCACUGAUCUGAACUCGAGGGCCGACGUGAUGGUGAGCGACAUGAAGAGCUCCCAGAUCAGCCGAGAACUGGACACCCUGAUCCAGGACAGCAUGGCUGAGCUGGCCACAUACAAGGACGACCUGCAGACCAAGCUGGCCCCUUACACCAAGGAGGCUUCAGAGAAACUGGGCCAGGACCUGCAGACGAUGGCUGACAAACUGGGCGAUCACAUGAGCGAUGCCCGGGAUCAGAUGGAGAAGUACGCCCAGGAGCUGCAGACCAUGGUGGAGCAGAACGUGGACGACGUCAAGAUCAGGGUCACCGCCUACACACGCAAGAUGAAGAAACGCCUCCAAAAGGACACACACGAAAUCAAGAGACAUGUCUCUGACUUCUUUGAGGACCUUCAGUAUCGCACCUCGGACAACGUGGAGGACAUGAGGACACGUCUGGACCCUUAUUUUGCUCAGGUGCGCGACAACGCCCAGGCAAAGUUCACCACCCUGAAUGACCUGCUGGCAUCCAAGGCAGGAGACAUGAAGGACAAGCUAGAGAACACAGCCGAGGAAAUCAGGAGGCAGCUCGCAAAAACCACCGAAGACCUGCGAUCCACCAUGGAGAACAAGAUGGAGGAGGUGAAGAAGUGGUUCCAGCCUUUAGUCUCCUUUUUCGAGGGAAGCUCAGAAACCAUGUAACCAAACUGUCAAAAACACCUCUGUUUAAAAAGAUUCUUUGAUUAAGAUAUUCUUUGUUUUAUCAUGUAAAUGUCCACCACAGUCUGAAUGUAUCAGCGCCACUGAAUGUCUUUAAAUAAAUGAAACAGCUGCUCAGGUGUGUUCAAAUCAGGUGUAAUCAAUGAUGUCAUCAUCUUGUUUGAAAGUCUUGCACAUCCAACGUUUUGUCUUAAAUUAUCAAAGAAAAAACUCAAGUAAGUUAGUUAGAAUUCAUUGACAUAAUUUAUUUUAACACACACAGCAAUCAAUAAUGUGUUUAACUUGGGUACAUAUUACACACAUGACUUCAUGCUUUUCUGCUGCUCUUACUAAUACUUCAUUGUUG